CACUCUUCUGAGUCGUCACGGCCAGAAAUCUCUGCCAGGAAGAUGCUCCAUCCCUUUUUUCAUUUUACCUAAAUAGAAGCCUUUCUCCCUUGAACAUACAUUUCUCGAGGUAAUCUUUUGAACUCUUUAUUUCACGUCUCUUGUUCUCUUCAGCAAGUGCUUGGCUUUAAAUAUGGCGCCCCAUCCACCCUCCUCAUCUGCGUCAUCGCGAACGGCAACCGAGGCGUCUCCAGAAGCAGAUAUCGAAGCUCAAAAGAGGUCGACGCAGGAAAAGGCAACGCAUUGGGAACUUGUUUUCGAUCAGACACAUGUCACGCCCGAAGUGUUGAAUUGGCCUUAUAAAGGUUCAGGGACUGAGGAUGACCCAUAUGUGGUGGAAUAUAUCGAAAAUGAUAGGCGGAAUCCUAUGCUCUUCCCACAGUGGAAGAAGUGGAUGAUCACUCUACUUGUUGCAUUUGUGAGUAUAUCCUGCUAAAGAUUUGAGACGGGCAUGGAUAUGAAGGGCUAUGAUCGCUCAUGCAAUGUUUCAUUAUUAAUUUUAUGACAUGUAGGCAACUUUAGCAGUCGCAUUUGUAUCCUCAGCAUACAGCGGUGGAAUAGAAGAAAUCCUUGCUACAUUCCACAUCAGCACCGAAGUAGCCACUCUCGGGAUAUCUCUCUUCGUCCUCGGAUUUGCCAUCGGUCCCCUCCUCUGGGCUCCUCUCUCCGAAUUAUAUGGCCGACAAGUCCUCUUCUUUGGCACCUAUGCUAUGCUCACAGCUUUCAAUGCUGGUGCAGCUGGCGCACAGAACAUCGAGACGCUUAUUAUCUUGCGUUUCUUUGCGGGUGCCUUUGGGUCGUCUCCAUUGACGAAUGCUGGUGGCGUUAUUGCGGAUAUGUUCCCUGCCUCUGAGCGAGGACUGGCGAUGAGUAUUUUUGCUGCUGCACCGUUCCUUGGACCUGUCAUUGGCCCUAUUGUUGGUGGAUUUCUCGGGCAGACAAAAGGAUGGCGAUGGGUGGAAGGUCUCAUGGCGAUAUUUACCGGCGCUCUGUGGAUCAUUGGCGCCCUCACGAUCCCAGAAACCUACACUCCUGUCAUUCUCCGCCGGCGUGCAGCAAAGCUCUCCAAGAUGACGGGCAAAGUGUACAGAUCCGCAACGGAAGUCAGCCAUGGAACCAAGACUAUCAGCCAAGAAUUUAAGACUGCGCUCUCUCGACCAUGGAUCCUCCUCUUUAGCGAACCGAUCGUCCUCCUACUCAGCAUAUACAUGGCUAUCAUUUACGGUACGCUUUACAUGAUGUUCGGCGCCUUCCCAAUCGUGUACCAGCAACAGCGUGGAUGGAGCGCUGGAAUUGGUGGGUUGAGUUUCAUUGGUGUAGCAGUGGGCAUGAUUGCUGCUGUCUGCUAUUCCAUCUUUGACAACAAACGCUACAUUAAAGUUGAAGCGAAACACAAUGGCAACGCACCACCUGAAGCACGACUACCACCAGCGCUUAUCGGAAGUAUUGCCCUCCCCAUAGGUCUUUUCUGGUUUGCGUGGACCAACUACCCUUCUAUCCAUUGGAGCGUCUCCAUCAUCGGGACGGCGCCUUUCGGGUUUGGAAUGGUUCUCGUGUUCUUGAGUAUCAUGAAUUACCUUAUUGAUUCAUACGUUAUAUAUGCAGCCUCGGUCUUAGCUGCCAACUCGGUAUUACGGUCGCUGUUUGGUGCGGCAUUUCCUUUAUUUACAACAUAUAUGUACCAGAAUCUCGGCAUCCACUGGGCAUCCACUAUCCCUGCCUUUCUUGCACUUGCUUGCGUACCGUUCCCGUUCCUCUUUUACAGGUACGGCAAGGGCAUUCGCUUGAAGUGUAAAUAUGCUGCAGAGGCUGCAGCCUUUUUGGAGCAGAUGAAGGGUGGACAGGGGGCGCGAAGCCAGGAGAGGGAGAAUGAGGAGUUGACCGAUGACAGGAUGGAGAAGAAGACUAGGAAAGAUAUUGAGGUUGAUAGGAGCGCAGAGAAUGAUGAUGAGCAGGAGAUGGAUCUGGAGAGGGGAGAGUCGAGGAAGCUGUAAGAUGCUCUAAACUUUUCGAGGUAGGCAGUAUGGUGAGGGUUUUCUCCCAAGACUCUGUUUAGCGAUGCAUGUCUGGCGUUAGAGCGGCAUAUUACUUUUCUUUUUCUGUUCAUAGAUUGUAUAUAGCUAGUAUUUACAUUCAGGAAAUAAUCAUAGAGAGUUAUUCGCAUCCUGAAACAGCUAA